GUGGCAGUUGUUCGUCAUUUCUGCAUUUCUGGUCUUGCGGCGACGUGAAGGAAGGUGCAGGAAGUUGAGUCAGCUAUUUUCAUAUCCCACCUUGUUUCUGACACUUGACUAGGCCGUGUUGACAGCCACUUUACACUCCAGGUGUGUGACACGGUGUUAAUAAAUGAAUACUUAAACAUGUUGGAUCAAAGAGGGAACGAGACCAGAAGGAGCCAGAUUCUGCCCAUGGAGACCAGCUUCAACCACAACAAUAAAGGCCUUUUUAUCACUGAUCUCAGACCGCCUGAGUACGUCCACGCUGUGCACAAGAAGACAGUGAAAGAGCUGCUGCUGAUGAGACGCGAGCUAUAUCCCCAUACGUACCAGGAAGUACUGUGUGGUCCUGCAGGCAGAGGUCUUUUGUCUGUCCCAGAGGCCCAUGGGAAUCAGAAAUGGAACCACUCACAGGACGAAAUCUACCCGGUCCAUAAAUUCAAAUCUCCAAAAUCUGAAGCUCCUGUCAGUGACCUGAGUCCUCACCAGUGGGACCCUCCAGGACCAGGAAAUAUAUUUGAUAUUACAAAUCAUGUCCCUGCUGCUUCUCCUGAAAAUGGACACAUUCCUCCACAACAAAUGCAACAUCAAGCUCUGCAGGGACCAGCGGCUCCGACUGCUGAAGUGAAGACUUUAUUUGACUGGCAGAUACAGAGAGAGGGACAGAGGGUUGGAGAAGUGUCUCCUGAGACGCUGAGCAUGCAAGAUGCAGAUGGUGACACAGCUCUCCACAUCGCAGUGGCACAAGGUAAACGGGCUCUGGCUUAUGUGCUUGCUACAAAAAUGGCUCAGUGUGGCUCUGUGGAUGUGAAAGAACAUAAUGGCCAGACAGCUCUUCAGAUAGCAGCCGCCACCAAUCACCACUUAAUAGUCAAGGAUCUAUUGGAACAUGGAGCACAAGUCGACACUCGUGACCUGUGGGGUCGUUCUCCUUUACACUUGUGUGCCGAGAAGGGACAUUUUCUCAGUCUUCAGAGCAUCUGGAGGACCCUGAUGGGCAGUGGGCAGCUGAUCGAUAUUGAAAUGUUCAACUAUGAUGGUUUAACCCCGCUGCAUGCAGCAGUCCUGUCUCACAACGCUGUUGUUAAAGAGCAGAGGAGUCUGGAGAAUCUUUGCUCAUACAUGGCAAAGGAGCUGGUGCAGAAGACACAGAUGUAUGUGGAGUGUAUAAGAACUCUGCUGCUCAUGGGUGCCUCCUGUGGGACAAAGGAUCUAAAAAGCGGACGGACGUGUCUUCACAUAGCUUCCGAGGAGGCAAAUGUGGAGCUGCUUAACAUUUUCCUGGACCUGCCAUCUUCACUGUCAGUCGUAAAUGUUAAGACAUUCAGUGGGAACACGGCCCUGCACAUUGUCAGUUCUCUGCAAAAUCACAAAAGUCAAGUGGAAGCAGUGAAGCUGCUGAUGAGAAAAGGAGCGGACCCUGGGACCAGGAACUUUGAAAAUGAAAUGCCGUCUCAGCUGGUGCCUGAAGGACCCACCGGUGACAAGGUGCGGCAGAUCCUGAAAGGAAAAUAUUUUCAUGUUUAAAUGAAGCUCAAAAACGCUGUCAGUCAGACAGUCCAGUCUAUCUUAUUAUUAUUUGCCAAAACCAGGCAGAUGCUGGUUGUUUCUGUGAAACAUGUCAAAUUGUUCAUUACCAUGUAAUGCUUAAGGAGAAAGUGAGGAUAUUAUUUGUGUUUUUGUUGUUGUUUAUCAGCCUUUUUCAUUUAAGAGGUAACUUUAUUAACUGUAUUUUUUAACCUUGACUGAUGGAACAACAGUUUUUGAAACUGGUCCAAUGUAACCAGUCGGCCAUAGCACCUUAAUUUUUGAAAGCCAAAAAGGGGGUCCAGGUUGAAAAAUACCAAACUUGCUCUUUAAGCUGAUACAUCCAGAUUGCUAUACAAUGAGCUAACAUGCUCCGUAAAUCUGUAUUUGUUGUGUUUUGGAUGAUGAUUUAUGAUUAUUGCUGAAGCAGUCAAUCCUGUUUGAAGAAAUUUCACUGCUAAAUUUUACAUUUUUGGUUUAUUUAGUUCAGUCGAAAGUAGAAAUGUUAUGCUGAAUAUCAUUUACAUUAGCGGUUAGCAUGCUGUAGUUUAUUUUAAAAUCAUUCUAUUAUGGUGUCACUAAAGUUAUGUGUGUGUAUAAUAAUGUACAUUUUCCUCAAAGGUUUAAUAUUUUAGUUCAGGUAGAAAACAUAGAUGUUCAAUCACUGGACUGACAUAUUCUGACACUACUGUACUGCAUUGUUUUGUCAAAACAUUGUGUGAUGUUAUGACAUGAAAUUUAUCACUUGAAUCAUCAGAAGAGAUUUGUUAGUUUUGUUUUGUUGAUGGGUAUGGGAAUGUUCUGCAACAAGUCAUAUUUUGCCGUACUUUUUCUUUUUUGGUGUUCAUAAAGUCAAAAUAAUGUAGAUUACAAAAAGUUAUUAAACAUUUUAUUGUGAAAUACAUAGUGCUGACACAUUUAGAGUAACUUUUUUAGUGAAAAGCUCAUUUUGAAUUUGAUGUUUUUCUUAAAUGCAGAUGCUUUUCCUACAUUUGUAAAUGUUUGUUUUAAUCUGAAUGUCUAAAAUGAUCAAUGUACCAAAUGUCUUAGCUUGGGAUCAAUGAAGGUUUAUAUCUUAAGUUUGUAUGUUUAGCUGGGGUUUGUACAUUUAGCUGGGGUCUGUUUCAACUCUGAGUCUGACCCUGAACUGUGAGUUGACUAACCCUGAAUUCUGGGUUUCUGAACAGCUGACCAGAGUCAGUUCAGUCAACUCUGAAUAUGUUCAGUCUGAGUUCAGCUCGUGCAGUGAAUGAAAAAAGCCAUCAUCAAGUCUACGAUUCACCAUGGCGACAUGUCAAUAAAAGGCAGAACCUCCAUUUUAAUUUGAUGGACGUAGACAUAUCAAUGCAUGAAUGUGCUGAUUAAUCUAAAUAAAUUGUGUUAAUAGGAA